AUGCGUUUAACUCGAAUACUUUCCAAUUUAACUAGUCAUAUUGAAUAUUAUUCGAAAUUUCAACCAACAUCAUUUACUUUGAAAAGUCUUAUUGAUUUUGCUCGUGAAGGUGAUAUUAAACAAUCCUAUAAAUUUUUACGUGUUGAAUUACUUAUACGAUGGUCUCAUAUGCAUAAAGAAAUGAAUUUUCUACCACCAAAAUUACUUGAAAUGCCAAGUUUUAAAUUAGUUAGUUCAUGGUAUGAUCAAAGUUAUUCUGAAGUACUUGAAUUUAAAGAUGCUGAACCUAAUUCAACAACAUUACGCAAAUUUACAGAAACAUUAAUUGAUAUUCGACGACGUCAUGCUGAUGUCGUACCAACAAUGGCUCAGGCAUAUAUAGAAUUAGAAAAAGUUGGUUCACUUGGUAUAAUAGAAAAAAAUAAAAUACAAUAUUUUUAUGAUCGAUUUUUUAUGAAUCGAAUUGGUGUUAGAACAUUAAUCUAUCAGCAUACACUUCUAUUUGGUGAUGAAUUUCCUCAACAUACCCAACAAGCAGGUAUUAUUGAUCCAUCAGUUGAUGUUGCUGCAGUUGUUAACGAUGCGUAUUCAACAGCAAAAUUUCUAUUUGAACAAGCAUCUUAUCAAGUACCUAAAAUUGAGAUAUCAUCUCAUAAUAUACAAGAUCAUAGUACAAAUCGUGUAACAAUUGUUUAUAUUCCAUCUCAUCUUUAUCAUAUUAUCUUUGAAUUAUUAAAAAAUUCACUUCGUGCAACUGUUGAACGAUAUGGUGCAGAUGCUAAAGAAUAUCCACCUGUACGUGUUCUUAUUGUUAAAGGUCAUGAAGAUUUAACAAUAAAAAUUGCUGAUCAUGGUGGUAAGAUAUACGGAGUAUUUCGAUGA